AUUGUUGUUCUUGCAGACUCGAUUUCAAAAUACGGAUAUACUCAUGCUACUCAUGGAUGGAUAGGCUCAUUGGCUGAUGAAUGGGCUGGACGUGCUGAUGUAAUCCUUCGGGGCUUCCCAGGAUACAAUACGCAUUGGAUCAAAUCAAUAUUCCCAGAUCUUCUACAUCAAGAGUCCAAAUCAGCUGCCGGUGGUGUUGAGCCUGUAAAACUUGUUGUGGUUGCCCUUGGAACGGAUGAUGCAUCAUUCCCACAUACGCGUCAACAUGUGGCCUUGGGCGCCUACAAGGAAAAUCUUCGGUCCAUCAUCUCCUCCAUCCGAUUCCCAGAUUCUCCAAAUUAUUCUCCUCACACUCAAGUUGUUUUGGUCACCCCAGCACCUGUUCAUGAUGUCAUGUGGGAAGCCUCAGUCACUGCAGCCAACAAACGAUUGGAUCGAUCAAACAACGUCACAAAGGAAUAUGCAGAUGCUUGUGUUGAAGUCGGACAAGAGUUGAAGGUGCCUGUAGUCAAUCUUUGGUCCGAUAUUCAAUGUCAAGUUGAGGGCACUUGUAUGUUGCAUGAAUCCACCCAAUUGGAGGAUUAUAUUAUGGAUGGCCUUCAUUUGAAAAGAAUGGGGAACGAUGUUCUGUACAAAGGUAUCCUGAAUGCAGUUGCAGAACAUUAUCCGCAGCUCCAU